GAAGAAGAAGAAGAAGAACCUACAAUGGCUGCUGGUGUGUGUGUUAAAGUUUUUGUAAAUGAUGCAUAAAGUUGGGAAGAUUGUUAUAAUGGUUUGAUAAAUCAAGAAAUCGUGCACGAAAUAUGUAUGAUAAAAUGAUUAAGAGAAUUGUUUUUGUGUUUUUGGAUUUUUUAUGGUAAACUUAACCUUCCUGUUUGUUAAUGCACCUGUGUGAAAACGUAAAUAUGAGUAUUCGAGGGUCCUAAGGCCUUGAUUGCUGUGGAAGCUAGUGAUGGUCCAUGUAGGUACUAUAGAAGUAAAUAUUUUGUAAAAUUUUAUUUUAAGGAUGAUCGUAGUUAAUGUAAAGUUACAAGUUAUAAACAAUGCCGAACAUGCUGAAAUAUCGGUCAUAAGAUGUCGACACCAGUGAAAGGGAAGGACACAUUGAUGAGGUUGCUUCUAUCUUCAAACCCUAUUACUACUUCAACCUCUUCAAUCCAGGUUUCUUCGCCGACAUCUUCGACCAGAGAGCACCUGAGCCGCACGUCCAGCUCAUCGAGCGGCCAGAGCGAGUCCCUGGAUGAGGACAGCAACCCGCUCACCUCCUAUGUCAAGCAGCUGGGCAAUGAAGAUAAGCAGGAGGACAUGAGUACCGUGCGGGCAGACCACUGCUACUGCCGCUGGAACUGGCGCUCGGAGAACAGCUUUCUGCGACCCACCAAGCACCUGUUCAUGCCGUAUGCCUUGCCUGCUCUGUCCAGCAGCGGUGCAGUGAGGAAGUCGGCAGAGAACAGCGAUGAAGAGCUGGACGUGGAUGGCUGCGGCGUGGAUGAUCCUCCGGUGGACAUGUCGCACAUGCGCCACGCCAUGCAGGCUGUGGCUCACCACGUCAAGGCCUACCGCGUGGACGACGAGCUGGAGGACUGGGAGGAGCGCAUCUCCAAGGUGGGCUGGACGCCCCUGCAGCAUCGCCUGUACACCAAGGUGAUGAAUCUCCUGAACGCAGAGCAGCUGUGCCAGCUGACCCACUGCGGGUCCUGGAACGAGCCCAUCCUGCGGCACGUCUCCGUGAACAAGGCGGUGCGACGCAUGAGGCAGGUGCUGGCCAGUGUCGAGUGGGACAGCCGCCUCACCCAGUGGCUGCACGCCACUUUCGUUGACAACCUACAUAGUGACUACCUCAUUGUCUACCUCGAGCUCUUGCAGAAACUGCACGAGAAGGCACCGACGCUUGUUGACAAGAUGGUUGCCGUGCAGACGCAGGCAAGCAAGGUGGGGUUGGCCAACUCCGACAGUCUCAACAGUAUCUUCAAGUCGGUGUCUGACCCUGCGCUGCCAGCUCUGAAGCAGAACUUGCCGCCCAAGCUGCCGGGGAACCCAAUGAUUGUUCUGAUGCCUUCUGGCCCGUGCUCGCCCAACAACAGCUCGUCCCGUGCUGAGCACUGGCAGUCUUACUUCUCCAGCAUUGGACACUUCACGGCUGUCAGUGUGCCAUCUGGAGCUGUGAAUGGUCAGGUGUCAAUGUCGAUGACAAGUUCCCUGGACCAGAUGGUUGCAGCUGUGCGCGCAAUGGUGGGUGACAUCAGGAUGACGUACCCAGGUCGCUCUAUUAUCCUGGUUGGGUGGAAUACUGGUGCCUCUAUAGCCUGUCAGGUGUCACUGCAGGAGGAGGUGAAUGCCAUCGUGUGCCUGGGACUCCCCAUGCUGACCACGGAGGGCAAGCGGGGCGACCCCAGCGACACUCUGCUGGACGUGCACACCCCGACUCUGUUCAUUGUCGGCGAGAUGGCCAGCCGGGCAAGAUUGGAAGAUGUUGAAGAUUUGCGGGGCAGGAUGCAUGCCGAGACGAGCUUAGUUGUGGUCGGCUCAACGGACGACCACCUCUGCAUGGGAAUAACUAAGAAGAUGAUGAUAGGAGUUACACAGAGCAUGAUUGAUCGCUGUAUUAUGAACGAGGUGAGUGACUUCCUGGGCAGCGUGCUGAUGCAGUCCCGCCACCCCCCGACCCGGGCACCGCCGGAGCCCGUCCUGCGAGCGGUGGCUGUGGACCGCCUGGCCCCCAAGCAGGCGGGCCGCGCUCCGGACCCUCCUUUCACUGGCAGGCGGCCCGCUGUGGCCACGGCCCAUGCUGGCUCGACAGUGACAUCAGACUCCCUGAACAAGACAACUCCUUCAGGGACGCCAACCCUCGUCACAAUGCGUCCACCGUCCUCUUCAAGACGCACCAGCUCACCAAUCCCCCAGGCGACAGCGUCCCAGAUUUCAGGAAUCGCGCAGAAGCGCCCAGCACAGUUGCUGACCAACUCCAGUCUUUCUUCAACAACAGAAGGCAAAUGGGCGAGGAAAACCGCUGAUAGUGAGGAGAAAACCAACAUACCAGGAGAAGGAAUAACAGUGAACAUUGGCUCACUGGCCAGUCUUUCGCCAGUGGUGGGUCCUAUCCGCCUGGGGGCGAGCGGCAUCAUAGCGGCUCGAGGAGACUUGUCGCGGGAGCGCAAGAUGCUGGGCCGUGGUCGAGGGAGGGGUCGCGGGCGUGGCCGUGGCAUGUCUGUCAAGCUGCACGGUAACGUGGUCACGCCGAUGGACGGUAAAGCACCAGUGAUGGUCGGUGAUGAUGCAGCCAGCAGCUCUGCCACCGUGCCAGUGUCAUGCGUCCUCACGGCGAGUGGUCGAAGCUUUGACUUCUCCAAAAUGAAGGUGCUGUCGUCGGUCACUGAGGGCCAAACCAAGUCUGCCAGCUCCUUGGGCACCAAUCCAGUGCUGGUGUCUGUUCCGGGUGUUUCACCGCCGGUCUCCAUCGUUCCCAUGACCGGUGAGCGCCACCAUUCCGUUACGGUCAUCCCCAAGAUCACCGCCUCCGCCAUGAAGACGACGGUUCCCAAGCUGACCACCUACACUGUGUCGUCACAUCGCCAGGGUCUGGAUGGAGUCGCCGGCAAGCCGGUCGUGAUGCAAAUAGACAGCUCUACUUCCCCGGAAAACGUAGGUUCCGAGGCUUUGACCUCGGCCAAGAUCCUCGACCUGCCCAUAAUAUUUGCAGAAGAUGAUGAGAAUUUCAGAGACUCUAAUCUGCAGAUGAAUGCUUCCGAGGCACCGAUCGUGGUGCCCAUAAACAGCUCUGGAAGUGAAAAUGCCUCCUCGUCCAUCGUCACGAUGGGGGACACAAUCUCGUUCCCACUGGACGAUGACAAAGAUGAAGCCCUGAAUGUUCUGAAAGCGGCAGAUACGCCGGUAACAAGCCAGAACAUGGUGUUGAUCAAGACUGGGAACAAGUUGCAAGGGACGGUUGGUGGUGGGAGCACGCAGCGGUUCUUGCAGCGAAUUGGGAAGGUUCACACCGCGCAGCGUUUGUUACAGAACGUGGGAAAUCUCAAGUGCACCAAGAUCAUAUUCAACAAGACCAACCCUCCUUUCAAGUUGCACUCACAGCUGGAGUCAUCGACUAGUGACGUGUCUAUCAUGCGUAACAGGAUAGAGUUGAAGAAGGUGGAUGAUGUGACUAAAGCAAUUGAGUGAAAUUUGCUUUUCUGUAACAAAUUUGUGUGAAAUUUAUAAUUUGAUUCCUUUUUAAAGUCUGUGCUAAAGCAUUUAUGUAUAAGCAGAAGCACUGCACUGUCAGUCAAAUGUAAAAUAAUUUGUAAAAGAAAUUGAUGACAAAUAAAUAUAUAUUUUAGUGUU